UAUCAUAAUUGGAAAGCUGAUACAGGACAAAUUAACAUGUUUCAUUUGCUGCCAUAUUAACUUAGAAAUUCAGGUUAUUACUACUAGAGUUAAAGGGGGAAAACCUAAGCAAGUUCAUAGUCUAAGAGGAAGUAAGGAUGGUCUGAGUAAGAGGAAAGGUAAUUUAGGGAUCAAAUCCUUAAGAAGCCAGAAAGGAGAUACCCACGGGCACAGAUUUGGAAGGGAGAGUAGCCUUGGACACAUGUAGGGCCACUUCUUUCCUAAGAUGCUAUAAAAGGAAGUGACUAUGAAGAUAAGAGAAGCAGUGGCUAUGAGGAUUCACCUCACAGAGUCCCUAGUUUCUCUGUAGAAUAAGAGGUUUGUGUGGUCUUGGAAGAGUGAGGGGAGCCAGGUGUGUAAGAGUUUGGGUUUAAUGGUGAUGAUUAGAAAAAGCGACUGGGCACUGAGGAAGACUGCUUGCUAAUUGGAACAAAGAUAAAGAUGACAAACUGGGCUGUUAGCAUGAUGAUAUUUCUCCAGAGAAUUGAGGAGUUGCUGAAAUCUGUUCACCUCUCACUGUGAAGGAGAUAUGAGCCCUAGGAAUAAUGGCAAAGGAGAAUCAAAUUUUAAUUUUUUUUCCAGUCAAUUCUGGCUUUGACCAAAGCCCAUUACAUUUAACUAGUAGAUUCUGCUGUGUUUUCUUUAAAAAAGUUCUCCUUUUCCUAGGCUAAAGAACAUUAGACUAAAUCAAGCCUUGAGACUUAUUCUCUUCACUCGUUCUCCAGGGAGCCCCCUAACCUAACCACAUCUCAGUUUUACUUUGUGGUAGGAGCAGAGGCCAGCCCAACACACCUGUGAGCAUCUAAGGGCAAUGACCCAGAGAAAAGCAGAAAGCAAGAGAAUGCACUUUUUCCCCAAGGUCAGCAAUGAUUUUGUUCAGAUGGUGAUGACAAUAGCAUCAGAACUGGCAGACAUCACCUGGAGAAGUAUUAGUUUUCAGAGGACGCUGGUCUCUUACUUUUCGGCCUAUUUAGAAUGAGAGGGAAGGAGGGAAAGAGAUGUGAGACAGACCCUGGUCUCUACCCAACACUGACAGUUGGUCUCCACUGCAGCAGGGAACAGAGGACAGAAGAGAGAGCCACACCCACAGUCACUAUUAUUCACUAUUAUUAUUUUACAAAGAUGACUCAGUAUACACAUAGGUGCAAUCAGAGCUUUGAUAUUUGAUCAACCAGAUCCUUGGAAAAAAGCAAGAAAACUUGUUACCCAUCUUUGAAGUCGGAGUGAAAAGGUGGCCUAUAGCUCCUCCUAAAGGAGAGUGAGCAACACAUCUACACUCAUCAUUGUCCUGUGCUCCAUAACAGGAUGUGUGGCAGGUUCCUGAGGCGCCUGGUGGCUGAGGAGAGCUGGCACUCCACCCCCGUGGGGCGCCUCCUUCUUCCCGUGCUCCUGGGGUUCCGCCUUGUGCUGCUGGCUGCCAGUGGGACCGGGGUCUAUGGCGAUGAGCAGAGCGAAUUCGUGUGUCACACCCAGCAGCCAGGCUGCAAGGCUGCCUGCUACGAUGCCUUCCACCCCCUCUCCCCACUGCGCUUCUGGGCCUUCCAGGUCAUCUUGGUGGCUGUGCCCAGUGCCCUCUACAUGGGUUUCACCGUGUAUCAUGGCAUCUGGCAUUGGGAAGACUCGGGAAAGGUGAAGAAGGAAGAGGAGACCCUGACCCAACAAGGACAGGGCAGCACAGAUGCCUCAGGGGCUGAAAGGCCCAGGCUGCUCUGGGCCUAUGUGGCACAGCUGGGGGUGCGACUGGUCUUUGAGGGGGCAGCCUUGGGGGGGCAGUACCAUCUGUAUGGGUUCAAGAUGCCCAGCUCCUUCGCAUGUCGUCGAGAGCCUUGCCUUGGCAGUAUAACCUGUAAUCUGUCCCGCCCCACUGAGAAGACCAUUUUCCUAAAGACCAUGUUUGGGGUCAGUGGGCUCUGUCUCUUCUUUACUCUUUUGGAGCUUGUGCUUUUGGGCCUGGGGAGAUGGUGGCAGACCUGGAAGCAAAAAUCUUCCUCUUCUGACUGCUUCCCAACUUCAGAGAGCACCAGGAAACACAAGGAACCAAACGAUAACUUCCCAGUGGUGGAAUCAAAAGACCAGUUCCGAACAGCAGAGUUAUAAAGACACCUGGCUCAACUCUGAAGGAAACCCUAAGACUGGAUCUUCUCCCCAGCACCUAGUGAGUGGGGAUUAACCUCUGUGACAAGUUAGAGGCUGUUGAAGCAUCUCUAAGGGCCAUGGUGGGCCAUGCUGCUUAAAGCAUUUCCCUGAAGAACUACUGCUUGUGCCUUCUCACCAGAAUUCUCUGGUGCCAGCAUCACAAUUUUUAUGGACUUUGUUCCAGCGUCAGCCAGCAGAAACCUCCACAAAACCAUGCUUUCCUUUGUCCAGUGCAAUAAAGAUUGAUUCCCGUUGGUGGUAUUCUUGUUGCUAAAGACAAUCUCCUUCCUGGCUCAGUGACUCUACUUAUCUCUCUCCUGUUUUUCCACACUCUCUACUCCCGCAAAUUCGAAGUCCUGUAACCCUGAAUACCCAGUCUUGCUGUAUAUGUCUUAUCCAGAAACUCUUCCAAGCAUAUAUAAUGCAAUGUCCAGCAUCUAUAUAUAGAUUAGAUUUACCCAAACACUCGGCCACAA